AUGUUUGACACAACCUCGCAUUUGCCCAUACCACUUGGAGCCUUGCCACCCACGUCCUGGAACAUAUUUUAUGAAAUAGCAUCCCCCCUCCAUUCAACAUUGGCAUUACAGUGUUAUAUAUUUUUUCCACGACAUCCAAUACUCGCAUAUUUACCGCACGCAUCGCCUACAUCCAUACAUUGUUCUCAUUUCGUUUUCAUCACCACCAUUUUAGGAAAAUUCACUAGCUAUCAUACACGAUCAUUCGCACCCCCACUGUAACCACACUCGGGUUGAUCAAAACCCUGCAAUACAAAAUACCGAUCGACCU